GAAAAAAAGACUACGGAGUCGUGUCUCUUUCCUUGCCUUUCCUAACCUCUCCUCCCUAUCUAUCUCCAAACUUCCUUUUUCUAUAUGAUAUCAUAUCACUCACUCUCUCACUCCACAGGUAGAAGACAGAGAGCAGCAAACUCCAGAAUUACAUAGCUCAAACCCCUUAAUGGCUGUGGUAAAUGCAUCUUUGGCUGCUUUCACACCACACUCAUCUCCUUCUCUUCUACCUUCCACUUCACAUGCCUCCCACUUCCCAUCAACACAUUCCUCACCAAUUCCUUGUACACCACUAGCGAUUGCAUUAGCCGCUACUAAGAGAAGAAGGGGUCUUUUUGAAUCCACAUUUGCUGUCAAAAGCAGCGAGAUUUAUGAGAGUGUCGAUGUAAUUGACGAGGAAAAUGAUCAAGUAUUGGAAGAAUCAUCUGAGACACUCUUGUAUUCAUUCUCUCCUUUGAGUUUGCUACUUUUGGGUGCUCUUCCUGGAGCUACAACUGUGAGAUCUCUGUUCGGCCCUUUCGUUGAGCUCGUAAAGGCAUGGAACCUCCCUGAUUGGCUUGUCCACUGGGGCCAUCCUGGGAACAUGGCUGUUGUGCUAUUUGCCAUGGGUGGUUAUGGAACUUAUUUGGGGUUUCGCAUUCGUCUCUCAGAUGAUGUGGAGGAGAAGGCCAAGGCCAAAGAUUUGCACCCUAAGCUUCUUGGAGGAAUGUUUUUCUUCUUUGCUCUUGGAGCUACUGGUGGAAUUACAUCUCUUCUCACUUCAGACAAGCCCAUCUUUGAAAGUCCUCAUGCUGUAACAGGCUUCAUCGGGCUUGCUCUUUUAACAAUUCAGACUAUAUUACCAUCACUAUUUGAGGGGAAUCCUGGAUUGCGAAACGCUCAUGGAAUCUUGGGCAGUGGCAUUAUGACGUUGUUCCUCAUUCAUGCAGCCCUAGGACUUCAACUAGGAUUGAGUUACUAAUAUCUAAGACAAAAACCAUAAGAAAUAUUUGUUAGUAAGACUCAUUUUUUGGCAUUAUCGCUAUAGCUUACACUCUUGAGAUAUAGAUUAUAACUUGCAUAGUAUGAAUAUCUUUACCUAUUA